AUGUGCGCCAAGGGCGGGGCGAGGCCUGUGCGAGGCCGGGGAUGGUGACGGGCGGCCCUGCGCCGCCAUGGAGCCGGAACGACAGGCGUUACCGCUGGAGAACGCCGCCAUCCUGUCCGAGGGCGCCCUGCAGGACGGGCACCGCCUCUGGAUCGGCAACCUCGACCCCAAGAUCACCGAGUACCACCUUCUCAAACUCCUUCAGAAGUUCGGCAAAGUAAAGCAAUUUGAUUUUCUCUUUCACAAGUCUGGAGCUUUGGAGGGGCAGCCGAGGGGUUACUGUUUUGUGAACUUUGAAACCAAACAGGAAGCAGAAAAGGCGAUCCAGUGUCUCAAUGGGAAGCUGGCCCUUUCCAAGAAGCUGGUGGUGCGGUGGGCGCACGCACAAGUCAAGAGAUAUGAUCAUAAUAAGAAUGAGAAGAUUCUCCCAAUCAGCCUGGAGCCAUCGUCCAGCACAGAGCCGCCCCAGUCCAACCUGAGUGUCAGUGCAAAAAUAAAGGCCAUUGAAGCCAAGCUGAAAAUGAUGGCAGAAAAUCCAGACGCAGAAUAUCCAGCAGCGCCUGUCUAUUCUUACUUCAAACCACCAGAAAAGAAAAGGACUACUCCUUACUCCAGAGCAGCCUGGAAAUCUAGAAGAUGAUGCUUAUUGAAUGGGAUGAUGGUAGCAAGAAACACUGCUUUGUAUGCCUGGAAUCUCCCAAUGCUUUUGUACUCUGUAGGGUGAGAAGGAUGCUCCCCCUGAGCACAGCACCGCUGUACUGGCGCAGUGUUUGUGACACUCGGGUUGGUUGCUGGGUGCUCUUGUUGCCCGUGUAGCUUCACAGCUGAGAGCUGUUCAGAGGAGUAGGUUCCAUUCAAAGCCUCUGAUGAACAUACAGACAGCCUCUGGAUAGCUUGCACUCAUUAGCAAGAUUAGAGACAGUAACCAGUGUGUGGAGUAAAGCACAUCCAAACAUACUCUAUUUAAGUGAUUACUUUUUAAAGUCUUUUUGGACAAAAGAUACUCCAAUUCGUGUUUCUAACAGAGGGGGAAACACCUGGUUUUGAUUAACAUUCUGUAGUUACCAUGGAAAACUUUUUCAUCUCAAUAAAACUCAUUUUAAAUAGA